AUGAGAGCCACAGAGGCUUCCCUCCCUAUGCUCAAUACCACAGACAGCCUGCAGGAGGGAGAAAUGGGUAAAAAUCUCUCAGCAAAAUGUCUCAGAAAUGUCUUCCCCGAGUCUCCUGCUAAGCUUUACAGCUGCUUUGCAGUGAUGGUGGUCUUUACUGUAGUUGUAAUUGUUACUUUUGUGGCUUUGUCAGUAAGACCUACAGAACAGAUCUCAAUCAAAAAUAGUGCCUAUGCUGCUUGCCCAAAAAAAUGGAUUGGAGUUGGAAAUAAAUGUUUUUAUUUUUCUGAACACUCAAGUAACUGGACAUCCAGCCAGGACUUCUGCAUGGCACAAGGGGCCCAGCUAGCUCGAAUUGACAACCAGGAGGAGCUGAAUUUCCUAAAGAGAUACAAUAGGUCAUCUAGCUACUGGAUCAGUCUGCACAGAGAAUCGUCAAAGCACCUUUGGAGGUGGACAGAUAACACUGAGUAUAACAACUGGGUUCCCAUCCAUGGAGAUGAAACACAUGGCUUCCUGAGUGACAGGAUCAGCAGUGGCAAAAGCUAUAUACCUAGGAAGUGGAUUUGUAGCAAAACUGCUAAUUAUGUAAUUCAGCACUUAACUGAAGCUUUUGCUAUCAUGGGAGUUUCUAUGAUUAUUAAAAGAGAUGAUGAUCUAGCCUGUCUUGUUGGUUGGUGGUAUGUCAUCAGAGAGACUGAAGAAGGUGCCUACCUCAAUAAUAAAGGAAUCAGAGGUGCCAGGAUCAACACAGAGAAGAAAUAG